CACAAAGGAGCUCUCUAGCAAGGCAAAGGAUCGGCCUUGAGGGCAAUUUUGUUUUGUCUGCGCUCAUCUUUCGAAAGCACCUGGGAAACUUUUAGACGAAACAGAAUCGCCCACCACCUUCCGCCCCCGGGGCUGAUUGGUCCAUUGUUCCGUUCGGCGACCAGGUGAAAUGCUGCAGGGGCUUUUCUGCAUCCCAGCGACAACAUGCAGGAGAACUAUGAGAAUGUGAUCUCUCUGGCGGAGGAAAUUGCAAUCAGCUGGCCCCGGAUCACCGCGUUUGCCGAGUCUCACAGAAGAAGAGGAUUGGUACCUGAUGAUGGGAUGGUGAGUGAGAAUGAGAACGGGAACGAAGAGGAGGAAGAGGAGGAGGCACCGCAGGACGGAGAAGGAGAGGGCGGAGGGGAUGUUGCCGUUGAGAAGGUGGAGGCCCAAAAGGAUCUCGCGCCAGAGAACACCAAGGAGCCUCUUGAGGCUGAGCUGAAAGCCAGCGAGGAAGGCCCAGACCAGGUGGCCUUGGAUGAGCAGCCAAGGAAGCCCCUGGGGAAGAGACAGGCCAAGUCGACCGUCCACCGUGCUUUCAAGAAGUUCUCCCCACGCAGCCACCACCACCACCAUGGCCUGCUGGGCCACGCCGGUCGGUGCCACAGCUGCGGCAAGGGAUUCGGCUUCAGCAAGCGCUCCCGGCUGCAUGGCGGCGCCGGCCUGGAGAAGCCCUACAAGUGUGCCGAGUGCGGCAAGGGCUUCCGGCUGCACUCCACCCUGGCGACCCACCAGCGCCGCCACACCAGCACCAAGCCCUACCGCUGUGCCGAGUGCGGCAAGAGCUUCAGCGUCGGCUCGGCCUUCAUCCAGCAUCAGCGCACCCACGCGGGCAAGCGGAGCGGGCCUGGCCCGGCCCGGCCCUGCGAGUGCAAUGUGUGCGGCAAGAGCUUCGGGCUCCCGGCCCACCUCAUCAAGCACCAGAAGCAGCACCUGGAGGAGAAGCCCUACAAGUGCCAGGAGUGCGGCAAGGGCUUCAACUGGAACUCUCACCUGGAGCGGCACCGGCGCAUCCACACCGGAGAGAAGCCGUACGUCUGCGAGGACUGCGGGCGCGCUUUCGCUUGGAGCUCCCACCUAGAACGCCACAGGCGGACGCAUUUGGGUGGGCUCCAGAAGGCCACCUCAUGCAGCUGUUGCUUGGCCGCGUCCGCCGCACCAACCAGCAAAGCCAGCGCCAAACCCUACCAGUGUGACGACUGCGGCAAAGGCUUCAACAAGAAUGCGGCCCUGUCUAAGCACCGCCGCGCUCACCAUGCCGCAGAGAAGCCCUACGUCUGCCAGGACUGUGGCAAGAGCUUCGGUCUGAACGGUGCCCUGCUGCAGCACCGGCGGACGCGCCACCCGGACGACUCAGCCAAGCCGUACGCCUGUGGCGACUGUGGCAAGAGCUUCGCCUGGAGCUCCCACCUGGACCGGCACCAGCGCAUCCACGCCGGUGACAAGCCCUACCGCUGCGAGGACUGUGGGAAGGGCUUCUCCCAGAGCUCCCACUUGGAGCGGCACCAGCGGGUGCACAGGAGCGCCGAGCGCCCGCCAUGCCGCUGCGCCGAGUGCGGGUUUGCAGGGGUGCGACAGCAGCGCCGGCGAGGGGCCCUGCUGGCCUGUAAGUGCAGCGACUGCGGCAAGAGCUUCCUGUGGCGGCGCCCGGCCUGCAGCGAGUGUGGGAGGGGUGGUGGGGAGGGCGUGCGGCACCAAGGGACGCAGACGGGCGAGAAGCCCUACUCCUGCCUGGACUGCGGCAAGUGCUUCGCCCAGAACUCGGCUCUGGCCAAGCACCGGCGCAUGCACACCGGGGAGAAGCCGUACAAGUGCGCAGAAUGCGGAAAGAGCUUCGGCGUCCGCUCCAACCUGCUGAAGCACCAGCGCACGCACCUGGGCGAGAAGCCCUACAAGUGCGCCGACUGCGGCAAGGGCUUCAUUCAGAAGUCCGAUCUCACCAAGCACCGGCGCAUGCACACGGGCGAGAAGCCGUACCGCUGCGACGCCUGUGGCAAGUGCUUCAGCGUCAGCUCCAAUCUCAUCAAGCACCAGCGCAUCCACUUGGGCGAGAAGCCCUACGCCUGCGGGGAGUGCGGGAAAGCCUUCAUCCAGCGCUCUGAACUCACCAUCCACCAGCGCACCCACACCGGGGAGAAGCCCUACAAGUGUGGCGUCUGCGGCAAGUGCUUCAGCCGCAGCUCCCACCUCAACCGGCACCAGCGCACCCACAGCAACGGCAAGGCCUCAGCCGGCAGCGCCGGAAUGGCCCACACCACACUGCUGGCCGCCAGCGCUGCCAAACCUGCCGCUCCCCUGCCCACCUCGGCCUUCUCAGCCUCCUUUGCUUCGCCUGGGCCCCUGCCCGCCCUGCCUUCCUUCCCUGCUUCGCCAUCGUCCCUCCCAAUCCCUUCUUUGGAGCUGCCCUGGGCCCUGUCCUUUCCCUCCCGAAGCUUCCCGCACCCCUCCUUCCCUUCUCCUGCCCCUUCAGGGGCUCAGGCCUCAUCUCUGAUCAACUAGGUUCUCCUCCUUCCAGAAGCCAUUGGACCUUUGGCUCCCCUCAGCCCCAGAGCCAGCAUGACCGGUGUUCAGGGGAUGAUGGGAGUUGUAGUCCAGCAGGAUGGGGAAAGCUGCUCUCCGCACUCUGUUAUCCCCCCUUUUCCUGAGGGACAGGGACUCUCUUUUCCCUGGUGACACAGUUCAUAGGCUUCAUGUGUCGCCCUUCCUACUCUCUGUUCCCUAUGAUCAGGCCCCAUAACAUCCUCCCUGUUGCCUUCCUGCCCUCCUUGGGGGCUUCUUAGAAACACCUGGUUAUCCUCUGUGGGGAACAGGGUGGUGUACUAUGUGGGCUCUUGGUCCAAUCCAGCAGGGCUUUUCUUAACGCUCCUUAGCAUGGCUUCGGGUGUUUGCCUCAGAAAUCGGCCAUAUUCUGUUCCGUCCUUUUCUGCUCAGU